CAGAGUGAAGUUUGUUUUCAGUGCAUGUCAUGGAUGGACGUAAUUUCAGCAGAAAUCUUUUUUUAUUUCUAUUUCUUUGUAAUGUAUACCUUUAUUGUACUACAACUGAAGUCUGCUCCAAUAGCAUUCUCCCUGGAUCUAAAGGCUAUCCAGGUGAGGUGGGAGCAGAAGGUGAAGAGGGAAGAAUGGGGAAAACCGGCCCACCUGGCCAGCGAGGCCUGACUGGCAGAUAUGCAGAAAAAGGAGAGAUGGGAAGAAUCGGAAAGAUGGGCCCUAAUGGAAUGAGAGGUGACAAGGGGCAAGAUGGAAUUAAUGGUCUCCCAGGAUUAAAAGGAAAACCUGGUAAAUGUCAAAGUGUUUUCAGUACUACCUGUGACUGUGGGAGGUACAGAAAGGUUGUCGGACAGAUGAACAUCAAUAUAAACAAACUGAAAAAUGCUGUUAAGUUUCUUAAGAAUGUGGUUCUAGGUAUCAAGGAAACAGAGAAAAUGUUUUACCUCCUGGUGACAGAGGCACGGAGGUAUCGAGACUCACUUCUAAACUGCAAGUUACGUGGGGGGUCUCUUGCUAUGCCCAGAACUACAGAGACGAAGACCUUGCUAGCCGACUAUAUCAGAGAAGCUGAUCUUACUCAUGUGUUCAUAGGGCUAAAGGUAGGGGUGACAGAGGUGGGGUACAUGUAUGUUGAUGGUAACUCCUUCUUGAAUAGCACAGUUGGGUCUCUGCAGAGCCCACGCAUGGAUAAAGGUGACUGUGUGCAGCUUGAUAGUACUGGAGCCUGGAGCCAGGUAGAUUGUGGAACCACACAGUACUACAUAUGUGAGUUUGUAAAAAUCAAAAAUACUUCAGCAACUUCAGUCUUGUAAUGGUUUAAUGGACACAGAGGAAUAGUUUUUAUUUGUAAAAUUUUUUUUUAAAGGCUCAACUGAUG